AUGUUGCGCUCAUCCAUGGGACUGGGCAAGGCCCGAGUUCCAGCUUUGCGCCAACCACUUUCGAACCGUUUCGUGAAGUCCAACUCAGCGAUCAAUGUUGCUCGUACAACAAGAGCGAACUCCACCGUCACAAACCUCGACAACUUCCCCGCGAUCGGCGAGAAACUUCACGGAUUCACUGUUCGCGAGAAGAAGCAUGUCCCGGAGCUCCACCUCACAGCGGUCCGACUGACUCAUGACAAGACCGACGCCGACUACUUGCAUGUGGCUAGAGAUGACAAGAACAACGUUUUUGGUAUCGGUUUCAAGACCAACCCGCCCGAUGCGACAGGCGUGCCCCAUAUUCUUGAACACACUACAUUAUGUGGAAGCGAAAAAUAUCCUAUUCGCGACCCUUUCUUCAAGAUGCUCCCGAGAUCGCUUUCGAAUUUCAUGAAUGCCUUCACCUCCUCUGAUCACACCACCUACCCUUUCGCUACAACCAACCCCCAGGAUUUCCAAAACCUUUUAUCUGUGUAUCUCGACGCCACGUUGCACCCUCUUCUCAAAAAAGAUGAUUUCCGUCAGGAAGGAUGGCGAUUGGGCCCCGAGGAUCCUCGCGCUCUGCUGGCCGAUCCCGACCAGAAGGCUAAGUUGGAGGACAUUGUAUUCAAAGGCGUCGUCUACAACGAGAUGAAGGGUCAGAUGUCUGAUGCCAACUACUUGUAUUACAUUCAGUUCAAGGAGAGCAUCUUCCCGGCGAUGAACAACUCAGGAGGUGACCCAGAGUACAUCACGGAUCUUACCCAUGAACAGUUGACCGACUUCUCGAAGCGCAACUACCACCCAAGCAACUCCAAGAUCUUGACUUAUGGCGAUAUGCCUUUGGGAGGUCACUUGGAGCAGAUUGGUGCCGUUUUGGACGGGUUUGAACGGGGCCGGCCGGAUACUGAUCUGAAGCUACCUUUGGAUCUUAACAAGCCAGUGGAUGUGACCGUCUCUGGACCGAUCGAUACAUUUUCCAGUGAAGAUAAGCAGCAUAAGACAUCCACUUCCUGGUACAUGGGAGAUUCGACCGAUACUGUGGAGACAUUCUCUGUUGGAAUCAUCUCCUCUCUUUUCCUCGAUGGCUAUGGUUCACCCAUGUACCGGGCCCUCAUUGAGAGCGGCCUGGGAUCAUCUUUUACCCCCAACACUGGCUUGGAUGCAUCUGGCAAAGUCCCAAUUUUCUCAGUUGGUGUGACUGGCGUCGGUGCCGAGGAAGCAACCCAAGUCAAGCAGGUGAUCCAGAAUGUCUUCCAAGAAAGUGCUUCGGCUGGAUUCAGUGACGAGAAGGUGCGUGGGUUCCUGCAUCAGCUGGAACUUGCGCUGCGUCACAAGACCGCGAACUUCGGAAUUGGAGUUAUGCAGAAGACUAUUGCCUCUUGGUUCAAUGGUUCCAACCCAAUGAAGGACCUCGCCUGGAAUGAUGUUAUCGAGGAGUUCAAAAAGAGAUACGAGCAGCCCCGCUACCUGGAAUCUCUUGUGGAAAAGUAUCUCCUGAAUGAUCGUUCCAUGACCUUCACCAUGGUCGGCUCCCCAACAUUCAACAAGGAACUGGAUGACAAGGAGGCCAUUCGCAAGGAGUCGAAACUUGCUAAGCUCAUUGAGCAGCAUGGCUCAGUUGAGAAUGCUGUAGCCAAGCUGAGCGAAGAAGAGCUGCAGCUUUUGAAGGUGCAGGAAGAUGCCCAGAAUGCGGACUUGAGUUGCCUCCCGUCGGUGCGGGUAAAGGAUAUUUCCCGCGAAAAGGAGCGCAAGCUUGUGCGCGAGUCCAAGGUCGAUGAUGUGGAUGUUGUCUGGCGCGAGGCCCCUACGAACGGUCUGACCUACUUCCAGGCUGUCAAUACCUUUGAGGGUCUUCCCGCUGACCUUCGUCUCUUGAUGCCUUUGUUCAACGACUGUAUUAUGAGACUGGGUACUGCGAACAAGUCUAUGGAGGAAUGGGAGGAUCUGAUCAAAUUGAAGACCGGCGGCAUCUCGACCUCAGACUUCAACGUAUCAUCCGCAACCCAUUUGAAUCAAUUCAAGGAAGGCCUGGACUUCUCUGGAUAUGCUAUUGACAAGAACAUUCCUGAAAUGCUGGAAAUGCUUACUACCUUGGUCACCGAAACCAACUUUUCGAGCCCCUCGGCACCAGCAAUGAUCCAAGAGCUAUUGCGCUUGACCACAAACGGAGCUAUCGAUUCUGUUGCCGGAACUGGUCAUCGCUAUGCCGUUAAUGCCGCAGCUGCUAGUAUCUCGCCGAACCUCUGGGUGCAGGAGCAGCAGUCCGGUCUUGAGCAGCUGCAGGCCACUGCUAACCUUCUGCGCGACGCAGAAUCCUCCCCUGAGCGCCUCCAGGAGUUGAUUGAGAAGCUGCGUCUGAUCCAGUCAUUCGCGAUCUCAAAGAGCUCCAAUCUUCGCGUUCGUAUGGUUUGCGAGGCUGAAAGUGCUGCGCAAAAUGAGACCGUAUUGCAAAAGUGGAUGGCCGGUCUGCCCCGAGUCCGUUCGCCGCAGUCAACCGCCUCUACAGCUGGUUUCCAGCCAUUCGAGAAGGCAUUCUACGAUCUUCCAUACAAGGUCUAUUACUCCGGCCAAGUAUCCCAGACUGUGCCAUUUGUCGACCCCGCUAGCGCCCCACUCACAGUGAUGUCGCAGCUUCUCACCCACAACUACUUGCACCCUGAAAUCCGAGAGAAGGGUGGCGCUUAUGGCGCCGGAGCCAGCAACGGCCCUCUUAAGGGUAUCUUCACCUUCAUGAGUUACCGCGAUCCGAACCCCUUGAACACCCUGAAGGUCUUCAAGAACAGUGGUGCCUUUGCCAGAGACCGUGCCUGGUCUGAGCGUGAGAUCGAAGAGGCCAAGCUUGGUAUCUUCCAAGGCCUCGACGCCCCAGUCAGUGUCGAUAGCGAGGGAUCCCGCUACUUCAUGAGCGGCGUCACCCACGAGAUGGACCAGCGCUGGCGAGAGCAAGUCCUUGACGUGACCGCCAAGGAUGUGAACGAAGUCGCUGAUCGAUUCCUGGUUAACGGUUCUCGCAGCGCAACCUGCGUACUUGGCGAGAAGAAGGAUUGGGCUGGCUCUGAAUGGGAUGUGCGCAAGCUAUCCAUGGGCCAACAAGAAGCCUCUCAAUAG